AUGAGAGAGUUUGAGAUGAAUGUCACUGAAGCAAUGGAAGAUGCUGUACAGCAGCUUGAAUCUCAGCGUAUUGACAUUACAGUCAUUGUUCAAGAUGAAAAAGUUUACUCAAAUAAGGACAAUGGUCCUAUAGUGCACACUGUUAGUCAUGAAAAUUCCAAGCUGAUUGCAACAGAAGGAAAUGGACUGAAGUUGAUUUUAGAACUCUGCAAAGAAUACAUUCAAGAUGGGUUAAUAUUGAAGGAAUUGUUCCUGACACUCAGUAGAUUGUUGGUGCGUACAGAAUACUGUCAGCAAAUUUUGGACUUGGGUGGUAUUCCAUUUUUAUUGUCUGCAUUCAGAGAAAACAUAAACAAUGCAGCUCUAUGUCAGCAAGUGAUGCUUGUGCUCAAACAUCUGGCUGCUUUGCGUUGUCCAUCUAAUGUUGAAGCUAUCAUGGCUGCCAACGGACCAGAACUUCUUGUUCAAACAAUGAAACUUCAUCCAGAUUCAGCAAAUGUUCAGAGACAGGCUUGCAUGGCUGUACGUAACUUGGUUGCCCGCUCCCAAAAGAACUGUUCACCAUUUCUGGAAUUAGGCACUGAAGCUUUGGCCAAUGAAGCUUUAAAAAAAUAUGGCAGUGAUGAAAUAAAAGGGACUCUCAGGGAUCUUGGCUGUAAAGUGGAACUGAAGGAAAUAUGGAAAGGAGAGAAAGGCAGCAUUCCUCAAUAG